CGGGACUUCCAGCUUUGCGCAUGCUCAGUAGCCGCAGGGGAGGGGGCGGAGCCGCGGGGGUCAGUUGGUCCAGAAGUCAGGCCCCAUCUCCAUCCCUCCGCCUCCCUGGCGCUUGGAGCUGCAGAUCAUUCAUCAAAGAUUUUCUCUCCAAGGUCGCAAAGUCUGUUACCCAAGAUGAUGAAUGCCGACAUGGAUGCAGUUGACGCUGAAAACCAGGUGGAACUGGAGGAGAAAACACGGCUGAUUAAUCAGGUGCUGGAACUCCAACACACACUGGAAGAUCUCUCUGCAAGAGUAGAUGCAGUCAAAGAAGAAAAUCUGAAGCUAAAAUCAGAAAAUCAAGUUCUUGGACAAUAUAUAGAAAACCUCAUGUCAGCUUCUAGUGUUUUUCAAACAACUGACACAAAAAGCAAAAGAAAAUAAGGCAUGGCUGCCCCUCUGAUUAAAUGGAAUUGCUGCUGGUCUUUUUCUUUAUAACUUGGAUAGAUUCCAAAAGUUAUAGUACUUAGGUUUGAAGCUUCAUUGAAUAUUUAUGAAAAUAAUGUCAGCUCUAGGCAAAUCUAGAGCAAACCAGACUUCCAUGAGUUUGUGUAUUAUGUUAGUCUGAAAAUGUGCAAAUGUAUUGUAGAGACUUUAUAAUUAGAAAUGCAUAUAUUUAUGAAACUUGAAUGUUUUAUCCAAUUUGAUUAAUAGGUUAGCACUGUCUUUUAUUAUAGGCAUAAAAAGAGAUAUGAGAAAAUAACCACCAUGUUGUGAGAAGUGACCAAAAUCACAUACUGACUAUACAGCUUCUUGUCCCUGCCCGCCGCCGUGUGCCUCUUCUCUGUCUGCUCCUCCCCUCAUCUCCCUCCCCUAAGGAAAGAGAAAUAGCUUCCUAUUUAUAAGGCUUCAGUAGUCAAUCAUGUCUGAGAGUAACCUGAACUCUGAUUGCUGAGAAGUAGUCAAAAUAAGACUUUCUCAUUAGGGCUUGUUAUGCGCUACACUUACUAAGAAGGACAAUGUCACUACUUUCUCUAACCAACUGAACACGGGGACUAUAAAUAUGAAUAUUUUCCACUGAAAAUGAAUUGUUAAGUUGGGAAGGUUUGUUACAACUUCCAUUUGCAUAGAAUAACCAACUUAUUAUCUGAAAAAGUGAGCACUGGCUGUGUGUGUGUGAGGAAGAGAGAAAAUUUUGAGGAAAAGUAGAAACGGUGGGGAAGUGAACUGCUGGCAAACUGCAGUAGCCAACUCCAGCGCCUCCUUCUGUGUUUGUGUUUGGAGAAUAAACUUGCGUUUGGCAGAUCUCAAACAAACCAUAUCUGGAUGAGAACGCUUAAGAGUCUGGUCAAAUUCAAAGUACACAGCACAAGAACUUUUGUAAAAAAAAAAAAUACAUAUAUAUAUAUAUCAGAAACACGAAUAGAUUGGGCUUAAUGCAUUCUAACUGAUACUUUGCCAGUAUUUUCUGACUACUUUCCCAGAAUGUUCCGUAAACCCAACUGCUUGGUCUACAGAGCUGUAGUUAUCCUUUACCAGUUUUUAAACGUUCAGUUUGUAAAAUGCACUUGAUAAAGAAGCCAUGGGAUUAGAUGUACAGUUAAAAUGUUACGUAGGAAAAGAGAUCCAGUAAUGGACCUGGUGGUUACUAGCUUUGGGCUACUUGUAAUCAUGGACUAGUUCUUAAUUCUUGUUUGUAUUGGUGUAAGAUUCAGUGUGUGACUUAAGCUGUAUGAUUAUAUUGUAGUCAAACUACAGACAUGCCACAUCCUUUAUGUGAACUAAUUUGCAAAUAUUUAACAUUGUGUUACAGCCAUCCAUACUUUGCUGUUUAAUAAAAAGCUGUUUCCGAGA